AUUUUGUACCUAAAAUAACCGCUAAAUGUAUAAUAAGAAUUCCAAAUAGAUUAACUCUAUAGAAAUUUGUUUUCGUUCAUGUAUCAUUUUUUUCUGAUAAGUUCUUAUUAUUUUAUUUAAGAUGGUCGGUUACUAACUCAAACAUUUCCGCAAACAAAUAAAUAUGGAGUAUCUCUCUUCUAAAAUUGUGUUAUCUUUCUCCUUGGCUCUUGUACUUUAAAUGCUCUAUGGAGGGGUAUAAGUAAGAGGCCGGGUUCGUUAUUUACCAACAUCAGUUUUGAAAAGAAGUGAUGUCGGUUGUUGUGCUAGUUCUUGUCAAUCAUAUCUGUACAGUUUAAACUAUUAUUAUUUGCUGAUUUUUUUCCCCUUCGGGCUAGUGCAUCGAAGUCUUCUCUGAUGGCCUUUUGUUUCUACUGCUAUUGAACUUUUUUAUAAUGGUGAAGUCAACGGUUUGUCAAUUGUUUCUUUGUUUGGUUCUAGAUCAAAUGUACUCAGUUUUCUCCAACAGGUAUUACUUGUUAAAUUAAGGUAAAAAUGUCACAGGAUAAUCUCAUUGGAUUUGGUGAAUGUGUUCUAGCAUUACAUGAAAAGUUGACUCAAUUUGUAAAGCAGUCUGAUUUAUUUGAGGAAUUGAAUUCAAUGAUUCACAAAAUGAUGGAUACUACUGCCAAAAGAAGAUACUCCAUGGGCCGCACAUCAAUUUUUUCAAAGAACUGUAGAGAGACAUCCAUCAUAGAGAGACGAACUUCUCCUAAACCUAAAAAAACAUGUUGCAGUUUCAGCUCAUCUAAUUCUGAAAAUAGAGUCUCAGAUUUUAAAGUGAUCAAACCAUGUUUCGUUAAACUUGAUAAGAUUUGUGAUACACAAUUAAGUAAGCUCCUUGCUAAUAGGAUGUAUUCUAAUAUGGCUCAGUCAAAUCGUAAUGACUUAGAAAUGACUAGUCUACAGUCUACUGACAUGAUUCAUAAUCCUACUGAAAACUUGAGACCUGAUGAUAGCACUGGCAGUAGGGUUAAUAUUAAUAUUAAUCCUGAGUUCUUGGCCACUGAAGAUCAUUUAGACCUUUUAAUGGCUAAAGAGAUGGCUUCAUCUUAUCCCCAAACAGACAAAAGGAUUAAUGGAAGAGUCAAGCAUGUAUUAACAAAUAGUCUCGAAGAUUGCAACUUGAAUCCUGUGGUCGUUUUGAAAAGAUUAUCGCCCCAGUUUAUAUCAAGAGCUAUUAAUGGAAAAUUGGAGAUGGAAUGUGGUGAAUUCAACCAGAGAAAAAAACGGAGAGGUCGUCCACCAUUGCAAAAGCUGGCUGUCACAAAUGAAGUAAGGAGGAGCAAAAGAUCAUCAGUUGUAAAGUGGGGAUGUAGCUGUUGUUCUAAAUCAUCACAUUCAGGACCAAGGAGAUCUGAAAGACUAAGUAAUAUUUUGCUAUCGACUGAAGACCAAAACAGUUAUUUUUUUAACAGAAGAAAUAGUUGUUCUACCAGAAGGCAAUAUAAGAUUAAAGAUGACAAAAAAAGAAUUAGGAAUAAGGAAAAUAUUUCAAGAGCAAAGAAAAGGUCUAAUGAAAAAAUCAAUAACUCGGACGAUGAAGAGGAGUUUUAUGGGUUCGAAAAUCAAACUAAAAAUAGACAAAGGAUAAAAAAAAUGAAGGAGGCUUUGAAAACAUUAAAUGCUCAGCCUUUAGGAAAGGAGAAUGGAAGAGCUGCCAUAUUUAAUGGAGACUUCAAAAGCCUUAUAAGACAUAAAGCUCCUUUCAAGGCUGUUAAUAGGGUAGAUGCAAGCUGGAAUACUAAUGAAGAUAUUGUCUUAUUUAAUAAUCCUAACAUUGAAGAUGAUCAAUCAUCUAUAAGUUACAGGGACAGUAAUUUGAAUGUUAGAAACAAAGUUAUAAUGCUACACAGGAAUAAUGUUCAGUGUAAUGAUUCUGAGGCUGAUGGUUCAGCUCUUGAUAGAUUGGAAAUACUGGAACUAUUUAAAAAAAGAGAAAAACUUCUCAUCAACAAGAUGGUUCGUGAUCAGGGAAAAAUAAUUGUAUCCAAGACAGGAGAGCUGUUUAAUGAAGAUACAUUUUCGGAUGAACCUCUGAAUUAUUAUUCUGGUAAAUAUUACAUCAAAAAAAUUGGUAGAAGGAUACCUCUAUGGGCUGAAGAAAGCAUCAGAAAUGUUAUUAUUCAAUCCCAAGAUCAAAUUCCUUUGGAUAUCAUUGGUGGUUAUUUCCAAGAUCCGGAUCUUACCGAUCCAACAUGUAUAGCAGAAUUCUUAGGAAGUGCUUUUUUAGAAAAAAAUGAUAUAGCAAUCAACGCAUGGUGAUCAUACUAGUGUCUUGAACAAUUUCUCGAUAGCUGAUAAGUCAAUAUUUAAACAAUAUAAUUCAUGUUAUUCGAGUUGAAAAGUUCGCUUGUAUUUUUACCGUCUGGUCUUGUUCUGUAACAGUUGGUGAUGAAAUACAAAUACAAUCUUUGCUCAUCCUCAUUGUUUGAGAAGUGAUCCACUCUUAAUUUUAUAAUAUAAAAAUUAAAGAGGAAAUUUUGGAAUAGUAAAGACAACCUGGAAAUUGUAAAUAUAUAAAUUGAUUCUCAUGGAUGUAUACCACAUCGUGAAGUUACCAUUAAAAAUCGACCAUAAUACUUUAUUUUCUUGUAUUUUUAGCUAUUAACUCUAUGAAUAUCGUGUUUUGUCAUUUUUUUUUAAAUCUGUUUAUGUAUGUUUGUACAUUUGUAAAUAUUAAAUUUUGAUUUUAUUUCUAUUGUGAAUUGUGCUUUGUUUUAUUUAAUUUGUAUAUAAGUGUAGAUUACUUGCAUAUCAACAAAGUCUACAGACAUAUAAUUUUGGUACUUUGUCAAGUCUUUAAGUAAAUAAUUAUAUGUGUUGUCAUAAAUUUUGAAUGACAAUUGAUCUCUUUGUUUCUUAUGAAUAUUUUGUAUGUAGCAAAACUUUAUUAAAGAUAUUUAAUUUGCAAUAAUAAA